AAUUUAAUCUUUUCUAUGUUUAGGUUGAGAAGGUGAUUAUUGAUACUUCUAAAUGUUUUCGAUUUCCUUUUACAUGUGUACGGUGCUUAUAAUUUGAUUGGAAUACAUAUUUGAGAUUGUAUUUCGGUCAAUAGUAAGCAUAAGAACUUCAGAAAGCCUAUUAUAGUUUAAAUACAACUUCUGCAGAUGUAAUCUCUAUAAAUCUGAUGGUUUUUUGCAAACAUUUGAUGAGUUGUUAUAUCUCUUGCUGGACCAGUUGAUUCUCAUAUUCUCAAUUUUUGAGGGUUCACAGAUCAUGAGCAAGCUUCAUUCCCUUAAGCAAAUCCAUGUCCCAGCUCCAAUUGACAAAGACAUUUGCUUUGCUGGUGCUGGAAGUGAUGUCUCGCAACUCUCAAAAACCUUCCCAGAGGUUGAUAUGGUAUUUGGCAAUGGACAAAGGCUGUCACUUUCUCCUGAAAACUACUUGUUCUGGCAUUCAAAAGUUCAAGGCGCUUAUUGCCUGGGAAUCUUUCAGAAUGGAAAGGAUCCAGCAAUACUGCUAGGAGGAAUUAUUGUUUGCAAUACUCUGGUAACCUAUGAUCGUCAGAAUCAAACAAUUGGGUUUUUGAAAACUAACUGUUCUGAACCAUGGGAGAGACUGGGUAUCAGUGGGGCUCCUUCAUCAGCACCUUUAUCUUCAUCUAACACAAAUUCAACCACAGAAAUAUCACUAGCGUUGGCUCCUAGUUGACUGCAGGACAAUGUUCU